AUGCGUCGCGUCCCAGAGGACCUAUGGUCUUUCACAUCUAGGCGAUUUUUCAAGGGUCAACAUAGACUCACGACAGGACGAUCGGAGACUUGUGUCUACCGGCCCACCGGCUCACAGCCCGAUAAGCACAUUUUCCCAAAGCGAACACUAUAUCAGGACUUCUCGGAUUUGCUAGUCCGUGGCCUUGGUGUUCACCACCCCACUAACUUCAAUGGUCUGCUCAUGCGCAGCCGUAACCCUUCUCCAGCAGCGGACGAGACAGCGGUGAAACCUGACGUUAAGACUAGAGUAUGGAGCUGGCCGACAAGGGCUGGAAUGACCGGGUGCUCAUCGCCAAACUCAUAG